GUCAUCUUCAGGGUCACAUCUGUCGUGGAUUUUUAAGCUGUUUGCUGGUGAGAUGUACUCUCAAUAGUUGUACGAGAGAUUCCUGACUGCAACGGCAAUUUUAUAUAAACUUUUUCCGUGAUAUGCUACUAUCGAUCACUGUUCCGUAUUCUACUGAGACAUAUCAGAGACAGUUCCUCAAUUCUUCUACCCAACUUUCAACCAUUCCGAAUGUAUUGCAAUACCCCGAAAAGUCAAUAGUAAUGUUUAACGGUCUACAGACUGCACAAUCUAUAAGAUGUACUAACCUGGUCCCAAGAACAGGUCUUCCCCUCAUAAUUGGCGGUCCUGUUCUAGCAAUCAACAAAUCAACUUUUUCCCCUACUGAAUAUGAGAGUUUACAGAGGCUCAGAAAUGGGUUCUCUGUUCAGCCCAAUUUUGUUCAAAAGAUGUAUGUGCCUGAAAAAUCUCUGGGAUAUGGUGCUUUUGGUGUUGUAUGGUUAGUUGUUGACCCACGAACAGGGAAUCAGGUUGCUCUCAAGCGAAUCCCGAACAUUUUCGAAAGCAUUGUAUCUGCUAAGCGGGCGUACAGAGAAUUAAAGCUACUGUUCUCCCUGAAACAUUUAAAUAUUGUUAGCCUAGUAGAUGUCGUGAAAGUUAGUUACUCUGCGUUCAGUGAAAUCUCUGUUCUUUGCGAAUAUAUGGACACUGAUCUACAGAAAAUAAUCGUGUCCGCUCAAUAUUUGUCACUUGAGCAUGUAAAACUGUUUGUUUACCAGAUACUAAGAGGGUUAAAAUAUCUACAUUCCGCUGGUGUAAUUCAUCGGGACCUAAAACCAGGAAACCUCCUGGUUAACGCUGAUUGUUUAUUAAAGAUUUGCGACUUUGGUCUCGCUCGCUCAGUACCAUCUUUUGGUAUAGAAAGCUCUCGCAACCCAUUAACGCUUGAAGUUGUAACUCAGUUCUAUAGACCACCAGAACUACUUUUAGGUUCAAAUUUUUAUACAGCUGCUGUCGAUCAAUGGAGUGUUGGCUGCAUACUCGGAGAACUUCUGUGUCGCCAAAUUCUGUUUCAAUCUUCCAGCUCAUUUCGUCAGUUGGAUAUGAUAUUUAAUCUACUAGGGUCACCAAGUGCAAUGGAAUUAAUCGACUUAGUUGGUUUCCCUUCAUCCAGUAUAGAUUUUAUCCUUAAAUGUCCUGUAAGAGCGUUUAAUCAUGCUGCUGUGUCAAGAAUACUCGUUCCAGCUAAUACUCAAUAUUUUCAGUUCUCUACAGGAAGUCCACCUGAUCCUGAUUUAGUUCAGCUAUUUACGGGACUUCUAAGUUUUAGCGCAUCGAAACGAUUAACUGCUGAACAGGCGCUAAAUUCACCGUUCCUUAUUGGUGGUAGAGCUAGAUUUCAUUCUUUCCUGUGCUGUUGUUGUCCACCGCGCAAUCAGACUUCAAUAAUUAAUGAUUCAUCUCAGUGGCGUAAUGUAACAAGUCAAGUAAAUCGUCAUCUUGUAGCAGUUGGUUCCGCUGGUACUCCAUCAUCAUCUGGUAAUACACCACCAUCUCCACUUCAUUCAUCUAUGCUACCACCAAGUAGAGAUGCAACAUUACGUAUUCCUUUGCUUUUGUCGCCUCAACUAAUGAUACCAACUUCUACCCUUAUGCAACAUAGACAUAUUAAUUUAGAACCAACUUUUCAAGCUACACAUGAAUACACUUAUUUAAAUACUGAAAUAGAAGUGAAUAAUCUCUUUGAAGCUAAACAAAUAUUAUGGGACCUUAUUCAACAAUAUUUCCAAAGAGAUCCUAAUCGUACCCGAGUUGUAAUAAACAAUUCUUCGCCUAAUUUUCAAUCAUUUAUAAAAUCUUCAAUUGCAUUCACUUAAUUAACCCCCCAACAAUCCGUAUAUAAUGGAGACAAUAUAAUACAUAUAUAUAUAUAUAUAUAUGCAUGUCUUUUCACCUUCCAUUGUAUCCUUAAGUCGACCGCAACUUUUUUUCUUGACCACUAUUUUUGUUAAUUUUUUUUUUCCUCCUAUACUGAUACUGCACAUACCAAUGGUUUUUUAUUUUUUCUUUCUAAAAAAAAAAAUAAUGUAUAUGAUUGUUGUUUAAUGAACGACAAAUACUCUUCCCUACUGUGUUGUUUAUUGUGUUUAUUGUGUUGUUUCCUCUUCCAGUGCCUUUCAUUGUUAAUUUUCUAUUGAAUUUUCCUUUUUUUUUCAGUUUUGAUUGUAUAGUUUUCUUCUUUAGGAAGAAAAAUUUAAUCUUAUUGCACAUGAUUUUCUAAUUGGCUUUAAUUAAUUAAUCUUAUUGCACAUAUUUUGUGUAAAGCAAAUAAAACUUGCUCUCUCUCUCUCUAUACGUAUUGCAAAAAGUUGUUUAUAUUCUGUCUGUGUGUAAAACUAGUAAGAAUGUAUAUAUCUUUCAAGUUUUUGGAUAAAUUUUUUUGUUUUAUUUAUUGAAUUAUUAUUGUAUGAUUACGUAAAUUGUUCCCUUUUUUUUCAAUCAUUAGGCUGUGUUGUCUAUGCUUCAGUUUUGUUCAAUGUAGUUUAUUCUUACUGUCUAUUAUUAUAUCUCUCUAUGUAUGUUUCUUUUUUUGGUUAUUUAUGUUAUAUUCUCACUUUAUAUAUAUGUAUGUAUAUAUAUAUAUAAAACAGGCUGUGAUAAAUUUCAAGUCAAACAAUCUCAAAUUUAUUUUCUAGUUAAAUUUAUUCAAUGCAUAUAACUGUAUAAAUUUUUGCACUUAUCGUUGUUAUCCUAGUCAUCAUUUCUGCAUCUCUACUCGACACGUUGCAUACAUUGUUUUGUUCCGUUUUUUGUUACACAACACCCGCUUCUUUCUUUAACUCCUACGUCUGAUACAAUGCUACAUUGAACUAAUUUAUUAACGUUAAUGGAUGCUUUAUUUUAAUGAAUUAAAUUUGUUAACUGUUUGUAAAAUCUAUCUAUCGUUUCAAAUUUGAAUAGUUAGGGUUAUAUCUUGUGUUAUUCGACAAACUUAUUUGUUCGUUUUGUAGUAAAUGAAUUCAUGAUGAAUAUGGGUACUUGUAAUUUCUAGACAAACAAUGUAAUUAUCAUUGUUAUUCACAGGUAACUAACUAUCUUUAAUUUUUAUUGGAUUUUUGAAAAAAAAAACUGUUACGUGUUUACAUAUCAGUGUUUCUACAAGUAAUCAGCAAAUGUCUUUCAAAAUGAUUUCAUGUAUUUUGAUCUAAUAUUAAUUCUUUCAAUGUCUAGUUUCAUGACAGCCAAAUAAACCAGCACAACCGUGAUCUCUAAAUGCUUGUGAUUGGAUUGUAGUUUUUCGGAAGGGUCAUUUGUUAACUAGAUUGUUUUAGCGAUUCAAACCAUUUCCCUGGAAAUGUUCAAACCACUCAUAUAAUAAACUUGGUAACUAUUUUAUUUCUG